AUGACGCCCUGGUUACAUUUCAGUGGCGGAGACUACUUGAUUUUUGAGACUUGGAUGCCUGAGUCGAAAGGUGCAAUCGCCGGUGCUUGCAUUGCGCUAGUCGCAUUCUGUAUUCUUGAACGCUGGAUUUCAGCAUUCCGGCGUCAAAUGGAAAUCCAGUGGGGGGCCCUUGCGCUUAUCUUGCAAACGCAGCGUACUUCAACUAAUGUUCAAUAUGUCGACGAUAAAGCCAAAGACCCCUCUGAUGCGAUCGAGGAAGAACCUUCCUCUCUUCCAAUCACCUCAGCGAGAGUCCGCAGUCGCCAGAGGCUUGUGCCUCCCUUCAUUCCCAUGCACGAUAUCGCGCGGGGGAUAUUCCAGGCUGUUCAAUCACUCUUUUCGUAUACCCUGAUGUUAGCCGUCAUGACGUUCAAUGCUUCAUAUAUUAUAUCCAUCGUUGUGGGUCUUGCCAUAGGUGAAGUUCUGUUCGGGCGAUUUGGUCGCUUGAAUGGAGGUCGAGUUUAA